GACAUGAGGGUGAGUAAUAAAUGACAGAAUUUUCAUUUUUGGGUGAACUAACCCUUUAAGUAUUAAAGUUCAGUGCAUAUCUUGUUUGUGCUACAGACAUGAAUGAGACCUCAAAUUCUCAAAUUCUUUUUCCUGGUAGAUUUUCAAAUGAGCGAAAAAUAAAGAUUUACACUGAAGUAGGGUCUGAGACCAUAAUAUCAAGUUAUAUCAUACACACAUACUCAAUACAUACUCACUUCGACCUAAGUGCCCUGCGAAAGGAGCGUAUAUGUUCUGUUCAAAGGGCGUUAAAUUGCGCAAGACUUGACUACUGUGCAAAUCUCAUGAUUACGGUUAAAUAAAAUUUAUAUUUAUAUUAUAUUUAUAUAAAUGUACUUGUAGGCCUAUGUAUUAUAUACACGUGUAUUGAACUAUGGUAAUAUAUUGUAUUUAUUUACAGAGGUAUAUAAUGUCACACUUGUCUAAUAAGUUUCGUCUGUGUGUGAACUUCAGGAGAUGUCAUUUGUUUGUUUGUAAAGUUGAUAGAGACUUUAAUGACUAAUUAUCAAAUUUAGAACACUUUACAGUUGAGAAACUUUCCUUUGGGACAUACAUUUUUGUAGUAUUUAAAUUUAGUCUUUUAAGGAAUUGUGUGAAACCUGUUUAUUUUAAAUUAGUGGAUUAGAGGAUUAGGCAUUUCCCAUUUUGACCAGUUGUGUGUGUCUGGUCACAUGCUGACAUCAUAAGUGACAUCACUCACUACAUUCUCACACGUGAUUAAUCAUUUAAAGACAUGACUUUGGAGGACUUAUGCGGGUUUACUUUCUCUAUUAGAUCAAUAUAUAUCCAUGUAAAAAGGGAAGUUUUUGUAUUAACAUUGUCAUGCUGUAAAGGUUUCUCACACAGGACUGAAUCAUGGAGGAGAGCUGCCAUUUUUUUUGCUAUUUAUUGAAAUAUCUGUAUGUUUUGGUGGGAUUGCUUUUUUUCCUGCUGGAUAUAGCGCUGGACAUUUGGACUGUUGUGUCAUUUUAUCAGAAUGGGGACUAUGUGUAUAUGGCGGUGAUGAUCUUUCUGCUGCUGGGCUCUUCAGUAUUGUUACAAGUGUUCAGCUGGCUCUGGUACUCUGAUUGCCUGGAUGAGCUUGAGACUAAGGUGGAAACAUUUGCAAAAAAGCAUAUACUGAUCAAACCAUUCCACUUCCUUCAGCUCGGAGUCUUCCUCAGGUAUGCUGGGGUGAUAGAGAUGUCCACAAAGCAUUUGCUUCAUCGCACUAAAAGAGAGCGUAAGCCUGACCUGAACCGUGACCUUCAUAUGCUUCGUCUAUUUGAGGCGUUUUCUGAAAGUGCCCCACAACUCACACUUAUGAUGUAUAGAGUCUUACAGAGAGGAGAGCUGGAGCUAAUUACAGGUUUAAAAAUCCUCACAUCAGCUGCUGCAAUAGCCUUCACCGUAGCUAUGUACCACCGCAGCAUGCGUGCAUUUCUUCAAGAAAAAGAAAAGAUGAGCUGGAUCUCCACUGGUGUCUACUUCCUGUGGAACUUGUUGCUGAUCAUUCCCCGUGUUUCUGCUCUGGCACUCUUUUGCACUGUAUUGCCAUGCUACAUCAUAGCUCACUUCCUGUCUUUGUGGAUGCUGCUGGUUUUAGGGGCCUGGAGCCAGAAAACAGAUUACAUGAAAAGUCCUGGUUGGGAAUGGCUCUUCAGAGCUACUGUUGGACUCAUUUGGUACUUCAGCUGGUUUAAAGUAUCAACAGGAAGCAUAAAAUUAAAGGCUGUUCUCUAUUAUUGUGUCAUGGGGUUGGACACAUCGAUGCUGCUGGGCUUCUGGUGCUGGAAGGUGUUUGAGUAUACAGCCUGUUGGAGCUCCUUAAAUCCUUACAUUGUGAUUCCGACACUUCUAGGAUUGCAUUUUGCUGGAAUUAUAUUGAAAAUUAUAUACUACAGAUGGUUUCAUCCUAACUGUGAUGAACAGAAAAUACCUAAACCUAGUGAACAGCAGAAUAUUGGACAAGCUGCAGCAUUUUAUGACAUGGAGACAGACUCCAUGGAAGCUUCAUCUGAAGAACCUGUUACUGAAGUUCUCAAGAGGGGGAGGACCAUGGCUGCUAAUUUCUACUACUAGUUCCCCAACCCCCUCCCAAUUCUAUCAUAAAUUAUUAAAAUUUAAUUAAAGUUUUAUUUACAAAAAUGUAUUUAUGCACAGAAUACCUCGUUUUGUACAAAAAUAACACAUUUUAUUUAAUCUUUCUGAAAAAAAAAAAAAUAUAUAUAUAUAUAUAUAUAUAUUUAUCAAGUGGUCAAGUUCUCUAUUAUUUAAAUAGAAUAAUAUAGAUUUCCUUUCCAUUCCUGCAUGCAACAUGCUUUUAGUUUUUAAAAUGUAGUUGUGAUCAAAUUAUGCAUGUUAAAUAAAGCAAGACGUGUACUGAACUGAUUCUGAUUGAUGAAGCAAAAAAAUUGAAAUAUAUGGUACAAUCAAUCAAUAAAUCAGUCAAUCAGU